CAAUUUUAGCUGUAAAUUUGGGCAACAAGUUGUCGCCUCAGACCGCUACGCUGGGAAAAAUUAUGAACUUGUGUUCUUCUGCCGGUACAACAGAAUCAACAUCAUCUUUGGCAGGUGUAGACAGUUCUAACGAAGGUGGCAGAAGUGGUUUUGGAAGUGUUUUGACCACCCAUUGUUUCGGCAGUAGCAGCAACAGCAGCAGUAGCUGCGCCGCAGCUGUAACGACGAGUCUCACAACUAACCAAGGAAGUAGCGGCAGUGGCAGCGCUUGUGGUGGCGGUGCCAGCGGCAGUAGCCUUGGCAACAACAACGAAAUGCCACCGGAAACACGACCUAAGGUGGUGACAGUUAAACACCCCGAAUCUAACAAGCCUAAGCCUACGACAAAGAAAAGUAAACCCAUACAAGCUGACCAGGAUGUCGUUAAAGCACUUCAACGUUGCCGGGAAGAAGGCAUAAAACGUUUGGAUUUAAGUAAAUCCUCCGUCACAGUUAUACCAACAUCAGUGAAAGAGUGCAUUCAUCUUACAGAACUUUAUUUGUACAGCAACAAAAUUAGUCAACUACCUAGUGAAAUUGGGUGUUUGGUUAACUUAAAGACACUUGCAUUAAAUGAAAAUUCUUUAACUUCGUUGCCAGAAUCAUUGCAGAAUUGUAAGCAGCUUAAAGUUCUUGAUUUAAGGCACAACAAGCUUGCCGAAAUACCGGCGGUAAUAUAUCGUCUGCGUUCACUGACCACACUCUAUUUGCGAUUCAACCGUAUUAUAGCGGUAGCCGCCGAUAUACGCAAUUUAACUAAUUUGACUAUGUUGAGUUUGCGAGAAAACAAAAUAAGGGAGCUUGGUUCAGCGAUUGGUGCAUUAGUAAAUUUGACAACGCUAGAUGUGUCCCACAACCACCUUGAACACUUGCCUGAGGAGAUUGGCAAAUGCGUGAAUUUGAAUGCAUUGGAUUUACAGCACAACGAGCUUUUGGAUAUACCAGAAACGAUUGGCAAUUUGAAAUCUUUGGUCCGUUUGGGUUUAAGAUACAAUCGCCUUUCUAGUAUUCCAGCAACACUGAAGAAUUGCAAAUGCAUGGACGAGUUUAAUGUCGAGGGCAACGGUAUAACACAAUUGCCCGAUGGGCUUUUGGCUAGCCUUAGUGCUCUGACGAACAUAACGCUGUCGCGAAACGCUUUCACCAGUUACCCGACCGGUGGGCCUGCGCAAUUUACUAACGUCUACAGUAUCAACCUUGAACAUAAUCGCAUCGACAAAAUACCAUAUGGUAUAUUCUCGCGCGCCAAAGGUCUCACAAAACUAAAUAUGAAGGAAAACGUACUUACUGCGUUACCACUAGAUGUAGGCACCUGGGUUAAUAUGGUCGAACUGAAUUUGGCAACAAAUGCAUUACAGAAGUUACCUGAUGACAUAAUGAACUUACAAAAUCUUGAAAUUCUAGUUCUGUCCAAUAACAUGCUCAAGAAGAUUCCGAAUACUAUAGGUAAUUUGCGUAAACUGCGCAUUCUUGACCUGGAAGAGAAUCACAUAGAGGUUCUCCCCAACGAGAUUGGACUUUUGCACGAGUUGCAAAAGUUAAUUUUGCAAACAAAUCAGAUAUCGAUAUUACCGCGUAGCAUCGGCCAUCUCAGCAAUCUUACGCACCUGUCAGUAAGCGAAAAUAAUUUACAGUACCUGCCCGAAGAGAUUGGCUCGCUGGAGAAUCUUGAAAAUCUAUACAUUAAUCAAAAUCCGUGCUUAGAGAAGCUGCCCUACGAGCUGGCACUAUGCCAAAAUUUGAAAUAUCUAAACAUUGACAAAUGUCCUCUGAGCACGAUACCACCAGAGAUACAAGCUGGUGGCCCGUCGCUUGUUCUUCAAUGGCUGAAAAUGCAUUCGCCAUACAGGCAGAUGUGAGUGGGUAGUGUGGAAGAUUCUGGGGAUGGCGGUGGUGCUCAAUGGCGCACAUUUUACAUAAGCAACGACUGCUUCUUUGAGUUUGAAUUAGAAGCUGAGGCCGAAGCCCAGCGACGCUAACAACGUCGGUCUUGGAAAUGCACUGUCAGUUGAGAUGUAUAGUUAAAAGUGUUGGUCAGUGCGUUUCCGACAAUUAUUGCCAGUGCAAAAACAAAUACACAUACAUGCAUAUGUAUAGUAUUUCAAUAAACAAACAAUCUAAGAGUAACGACUUACAUAUGUAUUAACGAAACUUAAAACGACGAAUAUAGUGAGUGAAGUAUUUCGAAUGCGAAGCGCUUUCUCUCGCGAAAAUUGAAAAAGAAAAACGAAUUGUAAACAAUAUUUUUUGUUGAAAACGUUAUGUUAAAACUGUAUGUUGGUUAAACAAAA